CAGGUCGCCGUUCGUGGCGCGUAGUCGCCGCGGCCCGUCGCUCCCGCCCCCGCCGGGAGUCCGACGUGGAAGUUGCUGGGGAACCGGACUUCCAAGGGAUCCGCCUGGGAGCCGGAGCCGGAGCCAGAGGCCAAGGCGAGCAGAGGUGGCGGCGCCGAGGCUCUAAUAGGAGUCGCUGCCAAGGACGGGGCCUGUCGCUGACCACCGACAAGGGCGGACAGGCGGUUCAUCAUGGGUGGCUUUUUCUCAAGUAUUUUUUCCAGUCUGUUUGGAACGCGGGAAAUGAGGAUUUUAAUUUUGGGAUUAGAUGGAGCAGGAAAAACUACAAUUUUAUACAGAUUACAGGUUGGAGAAGUCGUUACUACUAUUCCUACUAUUGGCUUUAAUGUUGAGACGGUAACAUACAAGAACCUUAAAUUCCAAGUCUGGGAUUUAGGAGGACAGACAAGUAUCAGGCCAUACUGGAGAUGUUACUAUUCAAACACAGAUGCAGUCAUUUAUGUAGUAGACAGUUGUGACAGAGACCGAAUUGGCAUUUCCAAAUCAGAGUUAGUUGCCAUGUUGGAGGAAGAAGAGCUGAGAAAAGCCAUUUUAGUGGUGUUUGCAAAUAAGCAGGACAUGGAACAGGCCAUGACUCCCUCAGAGAUGGCAAAUUCACUUGGGUUACCUGCACUGAAGGACCGAAAAUGGCAGAUAUUCAAAACUUCAGCAACCAAAGGCACUGGCCUUGAUGAGGCAAUGGAAUGGUUAGUUGAAACAUUAAAGAGCAGACAGUAAUUCAAUCACUUCUACCCCUAUGAAAUGAAGACAACAUCACAUAUCCCUUUGGAAACAGUUAAGUGUGCUUCAUGCUACUAAAUAUUAAAACUGUGAUCGUUGGCAUAUACUGAACUGACUGCAAUAUUUGUAAUAAAUAUAAAAAAUAAGUAUUUGGUUGGAAGGUAACUCACCCAUGAUUGAACCAACUGAAUGUCUGUUCUGUGUAAUGUAAGAUCCUUCCUUGCUUUCUUGUGUUAAGUAUAUAUUCUAUUUGUUUGGAAUUCUUAUUCAAAUAGAGUCCUAUAAAAGAAUGUACUCUUAUUGAGGAAAAACCCUCUUAUUUUUGAAUUAGUGGUUGCAGCUUGUUUGUAUAAACACUAAUAAAUAUCUUAACUCAGAUUUUUUUUCCCUAAAAUGAAUUAAGUUCUUCCAAAGAUUAGACUCCAUAGGGUAGAAACAUAGUGUGGGUAAUACAGUCUUCGUUUGCUUAAUGACCACUUUAUUUAAGCUGUUUUGUUUAAAAGCUUUUGGGUAUAGGCAUGAAGCUGAAAAAUUAUUUUGGUGGCUAACCUUAUUGACGUCUGUAAAUUGUCAUUUUAUAGUACUUUAUAGUUGCCAAAAAAUUUUUACAUAUAUACAGGAGCCCUGUGAUGUAGGUAGGAGAGGUUGUAAUGUCUUUAUUUUAUGGACAUGGACCCGAGGUUCUGAUAAGUUGGCUUGCUUAGGGUCACCUGCUAGCGAGGCUGGAACAGGGCUCAAAGUGAGAUUUCAGCGUCAAGCUUAUCCCAUAAACUGUACCAUAAAUUCCUGAAAAUGUCAACACUGGCAACACAGACAACCUUAAUUGCUUAAAUAAAAUUAUGCUAAUUGAAGUAGAUACAGUACAUUAAAAAUAAUUUCUAUAAAUUUGUCUAUACUAGUAGAGGUAGUAAAAACAGUCCUAAAUGGUUAUAUUUGAUGGAAUCUACAACAUAUUAAAGGAAAUUUAAAAAAA